AUGGAGCGCCAUGGUGCAUUGUGCGCUGUGACUGUGGUGGCUAUCUGGGUUUUGCAGUUUACUUACAAGUUCCUCAGAUCUCCCCUUCGUCACAUCCCGGGGCCUUUGUACACAAGAGCAACUCGGUUGCCGCUAAAGUUAUCGAUCGUUACGGGAAAGCGCAUCUACUUUAUCCACGAUCUGCACCAGAAAUAUGGCCCUGUAGUGCGUAUUGCUCCGGACGAGGUUUCGAUCUCCUCACUGCCCGAGUUCAAAGAGAUUCAUCGGGUCGGGUCGGCCUUCCUGAAGACCCCAUGGUAUCAAAAGUUCUCCUGGGACCGAAAUCCGGGCGUCUUUACUAUGCGGGAUCCUAAGGAACAUGCGGCGCGGAGGAAGUUGUUUGCACGUGCAUUCUCAAAAUCCGAAUUAAGACAAACUUGGGAGCCUGUAGUAAGGGAAAAAGUCCAGUUAGCCGUGUCUCGGAUUCGUGGUGAAUUGCUGCGGGAUGGGAUAUCAGAUGUUCUAAAGUGGUGGACGUUUCUCGCCACUGAUGUCAGCGGACAUUUGAUGUUCGGUGAAUCAUUUAAAAUGCUGCAGUAUGGAAAGGUGCGUUAUGAAAGUGCCCAUUGCUGCAUGACAGACUCGGCUAAUGGUCAGAAGAAAAACAAAUAUAUCGAUAUUUUAGAGUCCACCAUGAUGGGUUCGGGAAUCAACGUAGAGCUUCCCAUUGUGGCACUCAUUGGCCGACAUGUCCCACUUGCAUCCUUCCAGGCGAUGUUUCGCCCCAGCGACUAUCUUACUGAAUAUGGAAGACGAGCGGUGUCAAAUAGUCGAGCGAAUAGCAACUCCACCCGGAAUAUUUUCACCGGAAUAGUCAGUGAGUCGGAGAAGGCGAGCAGCACGCUUUCCGAGGAGGAUGUGGUGAUUGAAGCGGGCAACCUGAUCGUGGCUGGCUCUGAUACUACUGCUGUCACGCUGACGUACCUGAUAUGGGCUGUGCUGUCGCAGCCGAAGCUCCAGCACGAUCUGGAAGAAGAGGUCAGUGCGCUGGAUCCGAAUUAUAACGAAGCGGCGUUGGAGGAACUGCCGCUGCUCAAUGCCGUCAUCACGGAGACCCUACGACUCUAUGGAGCAGCCCCAGGCUCCUUGCCUCGGGGCGUGCCGAAUGGCGGAGCGACCUUUUGCGGAUAUCUGAUUCCUCAAGGAACGACGGUAAGCACGCAGAGUUACACCAUGCACCGUGAUGAGGGACUUUACCCUGAUCCCGAAACCUUCGAUGUCAGUCGCUGGCUAGGAGGUGAUGGACAGGAAUCCGAUGCAGCCAGGCAGGGUCUCUCCCCCUUUGGGUACGGCACCCGAAUAUGCCUUGGGGUGCAUCUCGCCUGGAUGGAACUUCGCUUAGCAGCAACCGAGUUCUUCCGUGAGUGUCGAGGGGUGCGACUGGCGUCGGGCACCACGCGGGAAAGUAUGAAGCCGGAAAACUAUUUUCUGAUCGCUCCGUCUGGACAUCGCUGUGACAUUCAACGUCACGGCAGCAAGCGCUUGUGUGGGGAAGGACAAGGUGAGAGGGGCUGUCCGUGUUCCAUCAAUGUGGGUCCAACCUGCAGCUUCGGCCGAAGCGACAUGGAAAACCCCCCAAAGAAGAGGCAGAAGAAGGCAGAAGAAGCCGCCCGGGGUCUGGCCGGGCUAUUUUUUCCCCCACCGCCAGGCCUGAUCAGUAAUCUAAUCCAACCUACUGCCAAGUAA